AUACCAUUAUUCAAAUCAUAGCCGUACUACAAACUGUUUUAACCAUAAACCAUAGGCUUAUUAAUAUAUUUAUAGGCCAUAAUUGUUUGAGUGAUAUUAACAUACCACUUUUCAUCCGAUACCAUACCUCGAGUAAGCUCUAAAAUAUUUUGUAGUUGUUACCAUGGACACAUCCAUCUAUAACAUAUUGUUUGAUCAAUCUGCAUUUAAGUUUUUUAUUCUGACCUGUUAGUCUUCUUUUAUUUUUAACUAAAACCUUUUUUUCAAAAUUGUAGUUUUUUAUUAUUAUAAUGAAAAUAACAUAUUGUACAGAUGUCGACAGAUCAGUUGUGUUAAGUAAUUUUGAGAAACGAGGCUGGGUUCAUGUUGGCCCUGAUGAUGAUUGGAAUUUUUAUUGGGCUGGUAUACAAACAUGUCGUAGUCUAUUUAGUAUUGAUAGUGGCUAUAGAAUGCAUGACAACCAAAUGAUCAAUCAUUUUCCUAAUCAUUAUGAACUCAGUCGUAAAGAUAUGUUGGUUAAAAAUAUUAAACGUUACAGACGUGAGCUGGAAAGAGAAGGAAGUCCAUUAGCCAAACGUUUGGAUGGAAAAUACUUGUAUUUAGAUUUUAUUCCAGUUACAUUUGUGUUACCAGCAGACUAUAAUUUGUUUGUAGAAGAGUACCGUAAGGUUGGCCCAAGUACAUGGAUUAUGAAACCAGUCGGAAAAUCUCAAGGAACUGGAAUAUUCCUUAUUAAUAAAUUAUCGAAAUUGAAGAAAUGGUCUAGAGAAGGCAAAAAUAAUAAUUUCAAUACAUCUACCAUAAAGGAAUCAUAUGUUAUAUCUAAAUAUAUUGAUAAUCCAUUACUCAUUGAUGGUAAAAAGUUUGAUCUUCGUUUAUACGUUUUAGUCACAUCUUUUCGUCCAUUAAAAGCAUACUUGUUUAAGUCAGGCUUUUGUCGAUUUUGUACAGUCAAAUAUAACACUAGUGUUGGAGAUAUAGAAAACUUAUUAAUCCAUUUGACUAAUGUCUCAUUACAAAAACAAGGUGAUGAAUACAACAGUAUACAUGGCGGUAAAUUAAGCAUUCAAAAUUUAAGAUUAUUUUUGGAAAGCACAAGAGGGAAAACGGUAACUGAAGCACUUUUUGAUAAUAUUGUUUGGUUGAUUGUUCAUUCUUUAAAAUCAGUGAGUUAUAUAAUGGCUAAUGAUAGACAUUGUUUUGAAUGUUAUGGGUAUGAUAUUAUAAUUGAUGAUAAUUUAAAACCCUGGCUAAUUGAAGUAAAUGCAUCUCCUUCACUAACAUCUACUACAGCUAAUGAUCGUAUUUUGAAGUAUAAAUUGAUCGACAAUAUGUUAAGUGUGGUUUUACCGCCCAGUGGAAUUCCUGAUGUACGUUGGAAUAAAUGUCCAUCUCGCGAGGCAAUGGGAAAUUUUGAACUAUUAAUUGAUGAAGAGUUAGCAGCAAAAGAUAAACCUGGACCAUCAACAAAAAUUGAUCUAAAGGAUAGAUUAAAGCGAAAGACCUAGACUUAAAAAAUUAAUUAGUAUUAGACAAAAAAGUGUAACAAAUUUCCGCAUUAAACAUUUUAUUUGUAAACAUAACAAUUUUAUUCAAUAUAUUAAAUAUUAAUUAGGAUCUGAUAAGUUUGAUACUACUUAAGGUACCAAAUUUGUAAUUUUGUCUGUAAAUUAGUUAUACAUAAAAUUAUACUUAUUUUCCACUUCAUAUUAAUUUAUAAAUCCUUAUUGUAUUCCUUGUUAU